UUUAUUUGUAGGUGACUUACUUAAAUUUAUAUUAAUAAUGGAUAAUAAAACUGAAGAUAACUUAAAAGGGGCGCAAAUUGAUAAUUCUGACAAAGUUGAAGAACAAAAGAAUGACACAUCAUUUUCCUCUUCAUCUUCAACUGGAAGUUCUUCAAAUCAAACGAAAGAAGGAAAUGUUAAAAAGCAAAAACGCAAGUCUGAUGAAAGUGGAGGGGAUUGUUCAACCAUUCUUUCUUCGUCUUGCUCAGCUCCCGUCUCUUCUGAUGAAAGUAAUGGAGUAAUAGAUGGGAAAGGGGAUUCUGAAAAUAACGAUGCUGGGGAUGGAACAGGAGGUGAAGGUACUGCAGGUACAGCGUGUUUUAAUGAUUCCAAAGCUGAAACAGAAGAGGAUGAUUAUGUUCUGGAGGGUUCUGGAAUGUCAAAUAACACUCAUGUUAAUGGAAUUGGAGAAGGAAGUGGCUGUAAUGGAAAUAAUGAGGGAAUUGGUGGUGAACAUCUUCAAGCGUUGAAUUUAGAAAAUGGGGGAGCUCCUUGUGAAUGUGUUCAAUGCGAAGUUUGUAUGGCUGAAAAUUGGUGGAGAAUGGCUGCUUAUCAAAAUACAAUGUUGCAGCAACAAGAGGGUGGAGGAAGUAGUGAAGCUGGAGCUUCACCAGGUUUUGAAAUUACUGAAAAUCCGAGAGCUGCAUCUGCUGCCGAGGGUUUAGGAUUAAUUGGAUCAGCUGCUGCAAUGAUGCUUAGUCAACAUUCUGGUGUUUCUGCCCCAACUGAAGAGGAAGUUUUUCGUGCUGAUUUUUCAAUGCCGAAACUGAGGGAAUUUUUUGAGUGCCAAAAACAAAUGGGAAUCCCAAAUUUUCCUGAAGAUUUUGAUGAAUUUUGGCUUCUUGUUGUGAAGGCUCGCUUAUUUAAUAUUUUCAAAUAUCGUGGACCCGAGGCUUACAAUCGAAUUGUGCUCAAAAUUCGAGAUAUUGCUUUGCAAUUUCGUGAACAAGUGGAAGAGCGUGAACGUCUUGAAGCUACUGCUGCCAUUUCUGCCCUUUCAAUUCAGCAAAAUGGUGGAUUAGCCAAACAAUUACCUCAAAAACUUCAAAAUUCAACAAAUGAGGGUGGCGGUAAAAAGAAGAAUAAACAACGACGCAAAAAGGGAAGUAGCAGCGGUGGAAGUAACAAUAAUUAUAGCAGUAGCUAA